CCAAAACAAAAGAACAGAAAGAAAGAAAGAGAUCAAAAUGCCAGUCUACCACAUCGUCCUCUUCCGCCUCAAGCAAGGCGUGACGCCCGCCCAACUCGCAAACUGGACCAAAGUCUCCCAAGCAAUGGUCGGCCAGAUCCCCGGCCUCCGCUCCCUGAAGACUAACCCGCCGUUGCCGAUCUCCGUGCCCCGCGCCAAGGGCUUUGAUAUGGGGCUUGUUGCCGUUUUGGAUAAACCGGAGGAUGUCGCUGUUUAUGCGGGGCAUCCGGCGCAUUUGGAGGUCCAUAAGUUGAGGGAGGAGCUGUGUGAGGAUACCUUGGCUUAUGAUAUGGAGUUUGACGAGUGA